AUGGGGGUGGUGGAAGAUGUGACAUUAAUUGGAGGGUUAAUAGGAGUUCAAUUUAUCUAUGCAGGAAAUGCUGAGAUAAUGAGUUAUUCAAUGUCAUUAGGAAUUAGUCCUCUUACCAUUGUCAUUUUAACUUCCAUUGCUACAUUCCUUAUUCUUUUACCUGCUGCAUUUUGUUUUGAAAGGAGUAAGUGGCCUAAGAAUUGGAGUUUAAAGUUUAUUAUGCAGAUAUGGUUUCUUUCAUUUGGAGGAUUAGCUUUUCAGUCUUUAUUCCUGAAGGGAAUCAAUCUAACUUCACCAGCAAUGGGAACUGCUAUGCCAAACCUUGCCCCAGGUUUUAUCUUCAUCAUCGCAUGGACUUUUGGGUUAGAGAAAGUUAACUUGAGCAACAAGUAUAGUACAUUAAAAAUCUUAGGAACAUUGCUAUGUGUAUUAGGAGCUUUCACAAUGAGCAUAAUGCAAAGCAUUUCUGCUUCUGCAACCGAGAAAGAGGCUAUACUUCCAUCGUCAUUAGCACCAUCAGAUUUUCUCUUCGACAUGCAAAAGAUUAUCGGUUGCCUCUAUCUAAUGACUUCAGUUUUAAUAUUGUCAAGCAAUGUUGUCCUGCAGGCUUUUGCUCUUGGAGAUUUUCCUGCACCAAUGUCAUUAAGCGCGAUAACGUCAUUGUUUGGGGGAUUUAUGACUACAGCUGUUCAAUUAUUUGACAGAGACAAUCUUAAAACUGGUUUGCAACUUGUGAGUUAUGGAGAUCUAAUUGGCUUUUCCAUUCUGGCUGGUUCAGUGAGUGGAAUAAGCUUAAGCUUCAAUGGGUGGGCACUAAAGAAAAGAGGACCAGUAUUUGUCUCCAUGUUUAGCCCAAUUGGAACAAUGUGCUCAGUUAUUCUCUCUGUCUAUACCAUUGGAGAAACUAUAAAUAUUGGAAGCAUUGGUGGUAUGUUCCUUAUGUUCAGUGGACUCUACUUAGUUCUUUGGGCCAAAGGGAAAGAAGGAUAUGCAGAUGUUGGAGAUUUCUCAGAGAGUGAGUUUGAUGCAAGCAAGCCUCUCUUAUUAUGUUAA